UUCUGCUGCUCACGACUCUCUCUCUCUACAGUUAAAACUCUCUCUCUCUAGAUUCCGAUCUGGUUCAGAAACAUUUUUCCAAUGGCCGUGGAUCAAGUGGAGUUCUCCACCGAACAGGUUUUGAGCAGAGAUAUUCCAUGGGAGACUUACAUGACAACUAAGCUAAUUACAGGGACUGGACUUCAGCUUUUGCGGAGAUAUGAUAAGAAGCCUGAAAAUUACAAGGCUCAGUUGCUGGAUGAUGAUGGCCCAGCAUAUGUUCGUGUUUUUGUUAGCAUUCUGCGUGACAUAUUCAAGGAAGAAACGGUGGAAUAUGUUUUGGCUCUCAUUGAUGAGAUGCUCUCAGCAAAUCCGAAAAGAGCUAGGAUAUUUCACGACAAGUCUCUCACUGAUGAGGACAUAUACGAGCCUUUCCUGAGAUUGCUCUCGAAAGGUAGCUGGUUUAUACAAGAGAAGAGUUGUAAGAUACUCUCUUUGAUAGUAAGUGGAAGGCCAAAAGAUCACGAGAGUAAUGGGACAUUAGGUUCAAAGAAGGAAAUCCCUACUGUAAAUGAUGUUUGGAAGGGACUGGUUGAGUGGCUAUGCGCUCAGCUGAAGAAACCGUCCCAUCCUAGCCAAGGCAUUCCAACAGCUAUAAAUUGCCUUGCAACUCUACUGAAAGAGCCUGUGGUGCGAUCUUCAUUUGUUCAAGCAGAUGGAAUAAAGUUGCUCAUUCCUCUGAUUACUCCAGCAUCCAGUCAACAAUCCAUUCAGCUCCUCUACGAAACAUGCCUUUGUAUGUGGCUCCUGUCUUACUAUGAACCUGCAAUCGAGAACUUGGCUACUUCUAGAUCCUUGCCACGGUUGAUUGAUGUUAUGAGGGGAUCCACAAAAGAAAAGGUUGUCAGGGUAGUUGUCUUGACUCUGAGAAAUUUGUUGCACAAAGGGACGUUUGGUGCUCAAAUGGUAGACCUUGGAUUGCCGCAACUUGUUCAGAGCCUGAAAGCUCAGGCAUGGAGUGAUGAGGAUUUGCUGGAAGCCCUGAACCAACUGGAAGAAGGGCUGAAAGAUAACAUCAAGAAGCUAAGUUCUUUUGAGAAGUAUAAGCAGGAAGCCCUCCUCGGACAUCUUGAUUGGUCACCCAUGCAUAAAGAUCCUAUUUUCUGGCGCGACAAUAUUACACACUUUGAAGAACAUGAUUUUCAGAUUUUGAGAGUCCUGAUUACGAUUUUGGACACAUCGAGUGAUUCUCGAACACUGGCUGUUGCUUGCUAUGAUCUGUCACAGUUCAUUCAGUACCAUCCAGCUGGGCGGAUUAUCGUGAACGACCUAAAAGCAAAGGAGAGGGUGAUGAAGCUGAUGAACCAUGAAAAUGCAGAAGUUACUAAAAGUGCCCUACUCUGCAUCCAAAGGUUGUUUUUAGGUGCCAAAUAUGCCAGCUUUUUGCAGACUUAGACUGUUGUUUAUAGAAGUCGUCGUUUUUUCUUUCCUUUCCGAAUCAAUUUAAUGAUUUUUUUUUUUGAACAAUAAAGUGGAAGUUUGCUUGUAUAUUUUCUACCCAUCAGGAGCAUUGGAGGAAGAGUGUUUGUUCACUGUGAUCAAUGUGUGAAGAGUUAAUUAUAUUUUCUCAAAACAAUAUGUGAUUUCAAAUUUGUAUCUUAUGUAUUGAUCAAUAAUAUCAUUCCCAAUUUUUUUCCAA